AUGCCUAUUUUCGUGCUGCUUCGUCAGAAGAAGAUGACGUCAACGACGGUGUUCCUGUUUGCUCUGGUGCUUUCAGAUACGCUUAUCUUGUUCAGCUCUGCCCUGCCAGGCUGGGUGUUACAUACCUGGGACAUUAACACCUUAUCGGUGAGUAACCCCGGGUGUAAAACGAUAUACUUCAUUGCCUGCUACAGCAUUCACCUCUCCUCGUGGCUGAUCGUGGCUGACACGCUCGAGAGAACAGCUUGCGUGCUCUUCCCGCAUAAAGUGAGACUGGGCUGUUCCCCACGAAACGCUGGGUUGAUCAUCGACACCAUUGUGCUAGCCGUGUUCGGAAUUAAUAUAAUACUACUAGUGAUAUUUGAUGUGAAUGGAUACAAUGGUGGGAGGUGCGGUCCGUCCACGAAGGAAUACUACGACUUAUUUGUUUACGUUUACCGAUGGAUCGACUUCACGUUAACGUUCGGCGUGCCGUUCCCGCUGCUAGUAAUUGGCAACGUCAUCAUCGUAGUGCAGCUUGCGCGCUCCCGUUCAAGACGUCAGCGGAUGAACAUUUCCGGUAAGGCACGCGACACGUGCCCAGUGUCGAUUCUCAUGAUUGCACUGUGCGUGCUGUUCCUCGUCACGAUGACACCGGUGUCAGUCUGUUUUGUGAACUUCCCCUACCUGAGGGAGAAGCUCCUGGCGCUCGAGUCAGUUGAUCCUUACACGUCCUUGUACGAUUCCGCGUACAUUGAUUUCCUUUUCGGUGUUGCCACUCUGGUCAGCUACUUCAACUACACCUUCAAAUCUGCCAUCUACGUGUUCAGCGGCUCGAAGUUCUGCGCUGAGCUGAGGAGCCUGCUUUGCUGUAAGGCAACACAUGGCACAAGACUGUUUGGAAGCUAG